CCGAGACCUACGCGUUGUUUUACAGGUGUAAUAUCAACAUGAUCCUGUUAAUUGUCUUAAGCUUGUGUUGUGUUUUGUCAACACCAGUUUUAAGUACAGUAGUUCGCUUGACCGCUAGCCCUACGGUAGUUGAUCUGGGUCUAACGUCAUUGACAGUGCGAUGUGACGUCAGCGACAGUAGCCAGAACAUCCUGUCAGCUGUUGUAGCCGUCAUCGUGUCACGUUCCGCCAACGAUUCCAGAAACUACACGGAGCUGGCGUCCUUGAACUUGUUCAUAGGUCACCAGGUGCACGUGCUGACGUCAGAAGCUGUAACAGCUAACGGUUCCAUUCACAGCUACGGUCACUCUUUUCUGGAACUGCACUGGGUCAAGCCUACAUUAGCGCAGGCUGGUCACUACAUAUGUACAGCCCAAGGACCAGAUGAAGUUGGACAUAACAUCAACAUGAUAGCCGAUGCCUACGUCUCAACAAGACAACCAGGCAGUGACCAGCUCUUGGAAAGAAUCCGGGAAUUGGAUCUCGACUUGAAGCUGGCCAACGACAAACUGGCCCAGUUCAACAUGUCACUGGCACACGUCGCUCGUGACGUCACCAACCUGUCAACAGGCAUUGAAGCGAAUCGGCAGGAGAUUCUUAACAUUGCGGCAGUGAACAACAGACCCACGUGGUUGUUUAGCAGAAACUACGUCGUCGGCAACUACUCCUACUCUGUUUCUAAAUACUACUACAGCAACGUAGCCACGGCUGAGACUUUGUGUAAUAUAUACGGCGGUUAUCUGGCUGAAAUAGACGACGCUGACGAAUACAAUGUCGUCAAGAAUUUCCUGAACAAUCCCCGAGAAGUAAACUACGUCUACACAGGAGCCUACGGCGAAAGCCAGGAAGGUGUGUACAAGUUUAAACACAGCGACUCGCCAGUUUAUUUCUACAGGUGGGCGCUUGGUCAGCCAAAGAACGGGACCGAGUACAACUGUGUCUACCUGGAAUCUAAUGUCGACUGGGAGAUGACGGUAUACAGGUGUCAUCUCUAUCCGCUGGCUAAAGAGGAGGUCCAUGCUUUGUGUGAGUUUCCGUCUAGAUUUAGAUAAUCUGACUGGUUCAUAUAAACAUAUAGUUAGUACUUCAUCAUAAUACAAGUAAAAGUGUUUAUUUUAUUUCUAGUGUUUGUAUAAUUAAUAUUAUUU